UCCCGCCUCCCGCGCUCCCCGUCAGGUUCAAAGCCCCCUCCCGCCUAACGUCUUCAGACCAGCCAGGCUGCCCUUCUUCCCUACGGAGGGAGAGCCUGGGCGGUCGGGUUGGCGGGAGGGAGGUUACGUUUCCCAGUCUCGCUCUGGCCGCCCGAGCCAGGAGGAAGCAGCGGCGAGGUCUGCGGGAGGCAUGGCGGGAGCUCCGGACGAGCGCGGGCGGGGCCCCGCGGCAGGGGAGCAGCUGCAGCAGCAACACGUCUCUUGCCAGGUCUUCCCCGAGCGUCUGGCCCAGGGGAAUCCCCAGCAAGGGUUCUUCUCCAGCUUCUUCACCAGCAACCAGAAGUGCCAGCUUAGGCUCCUGAAGACGCUGGAGACAAAUCCAUAUGUCAAACUUCUGCUUGAUGCUAUGAAACACUCAGGUUGUGCUGUUAACAAAGAUAGACACUUUUCUUGCGAAGACUGUAAUGGAAAUGUCAGUGGAGGUUUUGAUGCUUCAACAUCUCAGAUAGUUUUGUGCCAGAAUAAUAUCCAUAAUCAGGCCCAUAUGAACAGAGUGGUCACACACGAGCUCAUUCAUGCAUUUGAUCAUUGUCGUGCCCAUGUCGACUGGUUCACCAACAUCAGACAUUUGGCGUGCUCAGAGGUUCGAGCUGCUAACCUUAGUGGAGACUGCUCACUUGUCAAUGAAAUAUUCAGGUUACAUUUUGGAUUAAAACAACACCACCAGCUCCAGAUCGACUGCAAGAACAAACCAGCAAUACUGAGAGGACCCACAGACCCUCUGAAGGAAGCGACUGCUCCUACAGUACCCAGGAGACACCCCAAAUACUGUGAGUGCCCAACUGCAGAAGUGGGAAAGGGAGACCCUCCUCUCCCACACACACACCCCCACUGGAGAAACUGAAGGUCUGUUUGUGGGAGAAGUUUCCGACCUUACCUGGAACUGAGUUAAUUUAGAGAGCCGAGCGAAAUACAGGGGUAGAGCAAGCAGCAGGAAGGCCCAGGGAGCUCGCUGGGUCCCCAAGCAGCCCAUUCCUGCCUGUCACCACAGGGAUCCAUUGCAAGGGCAGCCAGAGGAGCAGCGGGUAAAACUCCACAGGGAGAAGGACAUCUCUAGCUGAACUUUGUAACUAUUUCAAUGGGGCAAGAAGCCUCCCAGCCAGAACUUGGGAGAGGGCGCAAAUCCCAUGUGCAGAAUCCACAGAGGGGAAGAACCAAGCUCUUUUCUUUCACAGCUGGGAGGUGGGUAGCCUGGGGCAAGUUUUCAAGCCUGUCUCACCCACCACCUGGAAGCAGACUGGGGGCUGUGGUUGGGGGGCAUGGUGGGAGUGAGACUGGCCCUUCGGUUUGUGUGGGAGCUGGGUGAGGCCUGUGACUGCCGGCUUUCCCCCACUUCCCUGACAACCUGCAUGACUCCCCAGAGGCAGCCAUAAUCCUCCUAGGGAUACAACUCCAUUGACCUGGGAAUCUCACCCUCAUCUCCCACAACAGUCACAGCAAGACCUGCCCAAGGAGAGUCUGAGCUCAGACAUGCCUAUCCCUGCCCCGACCUGAUGUUCCUUCCCUACCCACCUGGUAUCUGAACAAAAAGGGCAUACAAUCUUGGGAGUUCUAGGGCCCCACUCACCACAAGUUCUUCUCCAUACUACCACAACUGAUGCUCUCUGGAAAGGGCCACCUCCUGGCAGGAGGCCAGCCAGCACAAAAAUAGAGCCUUCAACCACCAAAGCUAAGAAUGCUCAUGGAGUCCAUUGCACCCCCCUGCCACCUCCACUGGAACAGGUGCUGGUAUCCACAGCCGAGAGACCCAUAGACGGUUCACAUCACAGGAUUCUGUGCAGGCAACCCCCAGUACCAGCAUGGAGCUGGGUAGACUCACUGGGUGGCUAGACCCAGAAGAGAGACAACAAUCACAGAAGUUUGGCUUACAGGAAGCCACAUCCAUAGGAAAAGGGGGAGGGUACUACAUCAAGGGAACACCCUGUGGGACAAAGGAACCUGAACAAUGGCCUUCAGCCCUAGACCUUCCCUUUGACAGAGACUACCCAAAUGAGAAGGAACCAGAAAACUAACCCUGGUAAUAUGACAAAACAAAAGCUGUUUAACACCCACAAAAAAAUCACACUAGUUCACCAGCAAUGGAUUCAAACCAAGAAGAAAUCCCUGAUUUACCUGAAAAAGAAUUCAGGAGGUUAGUUAUUAAGCUAAUCAGGGAGGCACCAGAGAAAGGCAAAGCCCAGUGCAAGGAAAUCCAAAAAAUGAUACAAGAAGUGAAGGGAGAAAUAUUCAAGGAAAUGGAGAGCUUAAAGAAAAAAGAAUAAAAAGUUCAGGAAACUUUGGACACACUUUUAGAAAUGCAAAAUGCUCUGGAAAAUCUCAGCAAUAGAAUUGAACAAGUAGAAGAAAGAAAUUCAGAGCUUGAAGACAAGGUCUUCAAAUUAACCCAAUCCAACAAAGACAAAGAAAAAAGAAUAAGAAAAUAUGAACAAAGCUUCCAAGAAGUCUAGGAUUAUGUUAAGUGACCAAAACUAAGAAUAAUCAGUGUUCCUGAGGAAGAAGAGAAUUCUAAAAGCUUGGAAGACAUAUAUGGGGGAAAUAAUCAAGGAAAACUUCUCUGGCCUUGCGAGAGACCUAGACAUUCAAAUACAAGAAGCACAAAGAACACCUGGGAAAUUCAUCACAAAAAGAUCAUUGUUUAGGUACAUUGUCACUAGGUUAUCCAAAGUUAAGAUGAAGGAAAGAAUCUUAAGAGCUGUGAGACAGAAGCACCAGGUAACCUAUAAAGGAAAACCUAUCAGAUUAACAACAGAUUUCUCAGCAGAAACCCUACAAGCCAGAAGGGAUUGGGGCCCUAUCUUCAGCCUCCUCAAACAAAACAAUUAUCAGCCAAGGAUUUUGUAUCCAGUGAAGCAAAGCAUCAUAUAUGAAGGAAAGAUACAGUCUUUUUUCAGACAAAUAAGUGCUGGGAGAAUUCACCACUACCAAGCCACCACCACAAGAACUGCUAAAAGGAGCUCUAAAUCUUGAAACAAAUCCUGGAAAUGCAACACAUCAAAACAGAACCUCUUUAAAGCAUAAAUCACACAGGAUCUGUAAAACAAAAAUACAAAUUAAAAAGCAAAAGUAAAAAACCAAAAUACAGAGGCAACAAAGAGCAUGAUGAAUGCAAUGAUACCUCACAUUUCAAUUAUAACAUUGAAUGUAAAUGGCCUAAAUGCUCCACCUAAAAGAAAUAGAACCACAGAAUGGAUAAAAACUCACCAACCAACUAUUUGCUGCCUUCAGGAGACUCACCUAACACAUAAGGACUCGCAUAAACUUAAAGUAAAGGGGUGGAAUAAAGCAUUUGAUGCAAAUGGACACCAAAAGUGAGCAGGGGUGGCUAUUCUUAUAUCAGACAAAACAAACUUUAAAACAACAGCAGUUAAAAGAGACAAAGAGGGACAUUACACAAUGGUAAAAGGCCAUGUCCAACAGGAAAAUAUUACUGUCCUAAACAUAUAUGCACCUAACACUGGAGCUUCCAAAUUUAUAAAACAAUUACUAAUAGACCUAAGAAAUGAGAGACAGCAACACAACAAGAGUGGGGGACUUCAGUACUCCACUGACAGCAUUAGACAGGUCAUCAAGACAGAAAGUCAACAAAGAAACAAGGGAUUUAAACUAUAACUUGGAACAAAUGGACUUAACCGAUAUAUACAGAACAUUUCAUGCAACAACCACAGAAUACACAUUCUAUUCAACAGUGCAUGGAACUUUCUCCAAGGUAGACCUUAGGAUAGGCCAUAAAAUGAGCCUCAAUAAAUUUAAGAAAAUCAAAAUUAUAUCAAGCACUCUGUCUGACCACAGUGGAAUAAAACUGGAAAUCAACUCCAAAAGGAACCAUCAAAACCAUGCAAAUACAUGGAAAUUAAAUAACUUGCUCCUGAAUGAGUAUUGGGUCAAGAACGAAAUCAAGAUGGAAAUUAAAAAAUUCUUUGAACUGAAUGAUAAUAAUGACACAACCUACCAAACCCCUGGGAUAAAGCAAAGGUGGUGCUAGGAGGAAGGUUCAUAGCCCUAAAUGCUGAUAUCAAAAAGACUAAAAGAGCACAAACUGACAUUCUAAGGUCACACCUCAAGGAACUAGAGAAACAAGAACAAACCAAACCCAAACCCAGUAGAAGAAAGAAGUAACCAAGAUCAGAGCAGAACUAAAGGAAAUUGAAACAGCAACAACAACAACAAAAAUACAAAAGAUAAAUGAAACAAAAAGCUGGUUCUUUGAUAAGUAAAAUUGAUAGACUAUUAGCAAGAUUAACUGAGAAAAUAAGAAAGAAAAUCCAAAUAAUUUCACUAAUAAACAAAACAGGAGAUAUUACAACUGACACCACUGAAAUACAAAGGAUCAUUCAAAGCUACUAUGAACACCUUUAUGCACAUAAACUGGAAAACCUAGAAGAGGUGGAUAAAUUCUUGGAAAAACACAAUCCUCCUAGCUUAAACCAGGAAGAAUUAGAUACCCUGAACAGACUAAUAACAAGCAGCGAGAUUGAAAUGGUAAUUAAAAAAUUACCAACAAAAAAAGUCCCGGACCAGAUGGAUUCACAGCAGAAUUCUACCAGACAUUCAAAGAAGAAUUGAUACCAAUCCUUUUGACACUAUUCCACAAGACAGAGAAAGAAGAAACCCUUCCUAAUUCAUUCUAUGAAGCCAGCAUCACCCUAAUACCAAAAUCAGGGCAGGACAUAACCAUAAAAAAAACUACAGACCAAUAUCCUUGAUGAACAUAGAUGCUAAAAUCAUUAACAAAAUACUAGCUAACUGAAUUCAACAACAUAUCAAAAAGAUAAUCCACCAUGAUUAAGUGGGUUUCAUACCAAGGAUGCAGGGAUGGUUUAACAUACACAAUUCAAUAAAUGUGAUACACCACACAAACAAUUAAAAACAAAAAUCAUGUGAUCAUCUCAAUAGAUGCAGAAAAAGCAUUCAACAAAAUCCAGCAUUGCUUUAUGAUUAAAACUCUCAGCAAAAUGGGCAGACAAGGGACGGGUAUGUCCCUUGUAAUAAAAGCCAUCUAUGAUAGACCCACAGCCAACAUAAUACUGAGUGGGGAAAAGUUGAAAGCAUUCCCUGUGAGAACUGGAACAAGACAAGGAUGCCCACUCUCACCACUCCUCUUCAACGUAGUACUGGAAGUCCAAGCCAGAGCAAUCAGACAAGAGAAAGAAAUAAAGGGCAUCCAAAUUGGUAAAGGGAAAGUCAGACUGUCACUGUUUGCUGGUGAUAUGAUUGUUUACCUUGAAAACUCCAAAGACUCCUCCAGAAAGCUCUUAGAACUGAUAAAAGAAUUCAGCAAAGUUUCUGGAUACAAGAUUAAUGUACACAAAUCAGUAGCUCUUCUAUAUACCAACAGCAACCAAGCAGAGAAUGAAGUAAAGAACUCAGCCCCUUUUACAAUAGCUGCAAAAAAAAAAAAAAAAAAAAAAAAAAAAGGAAUAUAUCUAACCAAGGAGUCAAAAUAGCUCUACAGGGAAACUACAAAACACUGCUGAAAGAAAUCAUAGAUGACACAAACAAAUGGAAACAUCCCGUGCUCAUGAAUAGGUAGAAUCAAUAUUGUGAACAUGACCGUACUGCCAAAAGCAGUCUACAAAUUCAAUGCAAUCCCCAUCAAAAUACCACCAUCAUUCUUCACAGAAUUAGACAAAGCAAUUCUAACAUUCAUAUGGAACCAAAAAAGAGCCCGCAUAGCCAAAGCAAGACUAAGCAAAAAGAACAAAUCUCGAGGCAUCACACUACCUGAUUUCAAACUAUAUUAUAAGGCCAUAGUCACCAAAACAGCAUGGUAGUGGUCCUGGUAUAAAUAGGCACAUAGACCAAUAGAACAGAAUAGAGAACCUAGAAAUAAACCCAAAUACUUACAGCCAACUGAUCUUUGACAAAGCAAACAACAUUAAGUGGGGAAAGGACACCCUUUUCAACAAAUGGUGCUGGCAGAAUUGGAUAGCCACAUGUAGAAGAAUGAAGCUGGAUCCUCAUCUCUCACCUUAUACCAAAAUCAACUCAAGAUGGAUUAAGGACUUAAACCUAAGACCUGAAAGUAUUAAAAUUCUAGAAGAUAACAUUGGAAAAAUUCUAGACAUUGGCUUAGGCAAGGAUUUCAUGACCAAGAACCCAAAAACAAAUAUGACAAAAACAAAGAUAAAUAGCUGGGACCUAAUUAAACUAAAGAGCUUUUGCAUGGCAAAAGGAACAGUCAGCAGACUAAACACAACCUACAGAGUAGGAGAAAAUAUUCACAGUCUAUACAUCUGACGAAGGACUAAUAUCCAGAAUCUACAAUGAACACAAACAAAUCAGUAAGAAGAAAACAAUCCCAUCAAAAAGUGGGCUAAGGACAUGAAUAGAAAAUUCUCAAAAGAAGAUAUACAAAUUGCCAACAAACAUAUGAAAAAAUGCUCAACAUCAUUAAUGAUCAGGGAAAUGCAAAUCAAAACCACAAUGCAGUACCACCAUACUCCUGCAAGAAUGGCCAUAAUAAAAAAGUCAAAUAACAGUAGAUGUUGACGUGGAUGCGGUGAUCAGGGAACACUUCUACACUGCUGGUGGGAAUGUAAAGUAUACAGCCACUAUGGAAAACAGUGUGGAUAUUCCUUAAAGAACUAAAAGUAGAACUUCCAUUUGAUCCAGCAAUCCCACUACUGGAUAUCUACCCAGAGGAAAAGAAGUCAUUAUUCAAAAAAGACACUUGCACACACAUGUUUAUAGGAGCACAAUUCACAAUUGCAAAAUUGUGGAACCAACCCAAAUGCCCAUCAAUCAACGAGUGGAUAAAGAAACUGCCAUAUAUAUAUAUAUAUAUAUAUACAUAUAUAUAUAUGUAUAUAUAUAUAUAUAUGAUGGAAUACUACUCAGCCAUAAAAAGGAAUGAAUUAACAGCAUGUGCAGUGACCUGGAUGAGACUGGAGACUAUUAUUCUAAGUGAAGUAACUCAGGAAUGGAAACCCAAACAUCAUGUGUUCUCACUGAUAUAUGGGAGCUAAGCUAUGAGGACACAAAGGCAUAAGAAUAAUUCAAUGGACUUCGGGGACUUGUGGGGAAGAAGAGGAGGAGGGCCGAGGAAUAAAAGACUAAAAAUAUGGUGCAAUGUAUACUCUUCGGGAGAUGGGUGCACCAAAAUCUCACAAAUCACCACUAAAGAACUUACAUAACCAAAUACCACCUGUACCCCAAUAACUUAUGGAAAAAAAAUUAAGCAAACUAAAACCAUAACAGAAAAAAGGCAGUGCAUUAAAUUCAUAAUACAAUCCAAUUUAAUUUUUAUAUAUUUAUAAUAUUUUUCAUAUAAUCAUUCUCAAAUCUUUUUUAGGCACCAUAUCUGAAUUUUGGAUCCAGAAAGCAUGGUCAUUGUAUCUAUACCCCUUAACACAGGCAUUAGCUGCAUCUUCUACCUGCUCUUAGCAGCUGCAUCUUUAACCCGCUCCUAGCAAACAUCAUUUGGCCUAUGUCUAGAUUGAUAGGUGAUGAUGCCUAUGUGUAGAUGUGACUGAUUAGAGGUUUAAAGACUGAAGCUAGCAGGAUUCAUUCUCUUGAGUUAAAAUUUUAUUAAAUAUAAAUUAUAAAGUAAUACCUGAAGCCUUGUCAAACAUUUAAAACAAAAUUUGAGGAUUCUGGGAAGAUAAUGGAGAAGGAAGCACCAGAAAUCUGUCUUCCCACUUAGGUAAAAAUUAUAGUAGUAGAACCUCUCUGAUGUAACUGUUUUGGAACUCUGGGUCUAUUGAAGGCUUGCAACGUCCAGGGGAAAGCUUGGAUAUUAAAUUGUGGUUCAUUUUGGUCAAUUUUAGUUCUUAGCACAGUAGCAGCUACCCAUCCCUCAUCCCCUAUCCUUGUGGCAGGUGGGUGUGCACAUGUUCCUCGAGCAGCUUGCAUGCAGGUUGUGGGAGCCAGGGUGGACAAAAAAAGACUCUGUCCUCCAAAUAGUGGAGAUCUGUGCUUUGAUUGCUAAUUGCUGCUUCUGAUUACAGAGGUUCAGAGGUGGACAUUGUGGUUUCACCUCCCUCCAUUGUUGCAAGCUCCCCCUACCCUCUGGCUGAAGUGACUUCCUGGUUAUUUAAAAGGCUGGUGCCUUUUUGUUUUUCCUGUGCCCUUCAUUUUUCUCUUUUCCCCCCUUUGGGAGCCAGACACUGAAGACUAUGACAUUCAAAAGUAACCUCAUAUACAAGAGAAAUUAGAAAGUUACAGUACAUGUGCAGGGGAAGGUGCAAGCUCUGAAAACACCCUAAUUUUAUACCUCAGACUGAUCCUCAGCACAGGGAUAGCUUACAACAAAAAUAAAAACACAAAACAGCAAACCCUGGAGAGAGAGUAUCUGACUUUUAGACUUACCAGAUUAUUAGAUUAAAAUGUCCAGUUUUGAACAAAAAUCACAAGAGAUAGAAACAGGAAAUUAUGGCCCAUUCUAUGGAAAAAAGCAAACAAACAGAAACUGUCCCUGAAAAAGACCUGUUGGCAGAUUUACUAGAAAAAAACUUUAAAAUAACUGUCUUAAAGAUGCUCAAAGACCACACGAUCCAGCCAUCUCACUCUUAAGUAUAUCCCCAAAAGAAAGGAAAUUAGUAUAUCAAGUGGUAUCUGUACGCUCACAUUUAUUGUAGCACUAUUCACAAUAGCCAAGAUUUGGAAGCAACCUACACAAUGGAGUACAUUCAGCCGUAUAAAAGAAUGAGAUCCUGUCAUUUGCAGCAACAUGGGUGAAACUAGAGGUCAUUAUGUUAAGUGAAAUAAGCCAAACUUUGCAUGUUCUCACCCAUGGGAGCUAAACAUUAAAACAAUUGAACUCAUGGAGAUAGCAGAAUGAUAGUUACCAGAG